AUGUACGGUAGAAAAGGAUAUCAGCUGCUGAAAGAUUUUGCGGGCGGCGACAAGGGACAGCUCAAACCUUUCAAUAGCAAGCUCUUUGACGAGGCAGUUGAAGAAUGCGACCAGAACCACCAUCUUAUCCAGUCCUUGAUUAGGAAAAUGCAACAACAAGGGUUGGAUGUUCAGAACAACAGAAACGCGGACCACUACGGAGAACUGAUUCACCACCUUUCUCUGAUCCGUAACAAGCGCUGCCUCAUGGCCUAUGUGUACAAUAGAGCAGAGAUAGUGCGUGAUUUGGCGUGGAGAGUAGGGCUUGAGCUUCUCGACCUUCCUUCUGAAAUCCAAGAGAAGCUCACCACACUGGAGAAAGAGUACUUCAAGAACCAUUCAGUAGCUAUCAAAACCUACAUGGGCAAAGAAGGAAUGGAGCUGAAUGUCGACAUGGUGCCUCCAAAAGAUCCUUACAUCAAGGUGAGAGUAAUGGAGAACAUCGACGAAGGAAUUGUGCUGAGUGACAAAACAACAAAUUUCUCUCGUCACUCUAUGCAUUUCCUUAAACGAACUGAUGCCGAACCCUACAUUGCUCGGGGACAAAUGGAGGAGCUGACAGGUUGA